AUGCGACUUGAUGAACUCAGACGCAUCUCUCAGCGCAUUCAACUGAAAUCUCCGCCGUCGGCGCCUUGGCAAAAGGUGUCAUCAGGCAUUGACGCCGAAGUAGAGAAGCAAAAUUUGGCUGUCGAGGAGGGCACAGCGGAAAGACUGCAGGAGCUCGCCAGAGAGCGAGCCGAGGCUGAAAGGAUGCACGAGGAGUGGAUGCAAGAGUCACGAGCAAGGAUAGAACGAAUGAAGGCCGAGACCGAGGCUGAGGUGCAUCGGGUGGAGUCAGCAAGGCAGACCCUGCGUGGAACGCACACUGCAAAAUGCGACUCUGCUUUCCACUCAGAGGUGAGCUCAAACGCAGAAUCCACGAAGCAACACCGCGAGGAGGAAGGGGAGAACAACUUAACACCGUGUGACGACAGCGUUGACGCGAAGGGAGAAGCGAGCUGGAUCGAUUCGCUGGUGGUGCCCUCACUGAGUGCAGUGCGAAAGCACUCGUUCCAGAGAAGCUCGCGUCCCUUGCAGCCAGAGAAGCAUCAGAAGCUUCCUGCGAGACUGAGGCGAGCGUUCGGAUUCAUCCUCAGAGAUCGAAUAUUGCUCCACAUUCUCGCAGUCGUUGUGAUGACCAAGGCAGGAAGGAAGAACGGAAGGAUAUCCAAGCGCAGUGCUGAGUCACCAACAGAAAGCCCCUGCGCCAAGCCAGUCCAUCUAGUGUCUCAUCUGCGCGACGUGUUCGCCGCUUGA